AUGUCGUCCACUAACACCACCACCGACGCCGCCGCCGUCGACCAAAACACCCAACUCCUCCACGCCAUCCUCCACCUCUACCACCCCACCCGCGACGCCUGCAACCAAAUCGCCGCCAUCAUGGGCGACGGCGUCACCGGCAACGCCAUCCGCCAGCGCAUCCAGAAGCUGCGCAAGAACAACAACAUCCCCACCCCCAGUGCCGGUGCUGCCGGUGGCAGCGAGUCCGUUGCUACGACUCCGUCCAAGGCCGGGAAGCGCGCUGCUGGCGGUGGUGGUGCUGCUACCCCCAGCCGUGGUCGCAGUGGCGGCGGCGGCGGCGGCGGCGGCGGCGGCAGGAAGGACCGCAACAAGAAAGCGGAUGACGACGACGGCGACGAGGCCGACGAGGUCGACGGUGCUGGCGGAACGCCGAGCAGGAAGCGGGUCAGAGCAGCCGACGGCGGUAGUGGCGACGACGACGACGACGAGGAGCUGGCGGCGACGCCUGCUGCUGACGCUGAUGCUCCUUCCGCGAAGAAGAAGAACAAGAAGAACACGACGACGGCGGCGGCGGCGAAGGCGAACAAGAAGCAGAAGGGCAAGAAGGAGGAUGAUGAGGAGGACGUCGACAUCGUCGCCUCUGUUGUCCCGGCCGUGCCCGCAGAGGGUCUGGUCGAUGAGGGAUCGUUCUUCUUCCUGCCGGAGGAUGAGGAUGCCGUUGUGUGA